AUGGCAGGAGUGUUGAUGAUUGUAAUGAGUUUUGUGGUUGUGUGGUGUGCCAUAAAUUGCAGGUCAUCCCAGAUAAACAUAAACAACGACAACUGCACUUGUGCUUGUGGUACCAUUCAAAACAUUAAGUAUCCUUUCCGAUUAGCCGGUGAUCCCACCUCCUGUGGCCUUCCCGAUUACCAACUUUCCUGCGUAAACAACCGCACCAUUCUUCUUCUCAACUCUAAUAAGUCAUAUUUGGUACUUUCCAUAAAUUAUACAAGGCUUACAAUACGACUUCUGGAUCCUGGUCUUGAAAAUCUUAAUAAUCACAACAACUUCAACUCCUGCUGGCCAGCUUUCCCACGUUAUACUCUGAUGGAGGCUGAUGUGCCCAAACAGUAUUCAUCUUCCAUGAACGCUUACGCGAUAUUCCUCGGGUGUAGAAAUCCAGCAGAAUCCCCCUUAUAUGUGAAGAUGGAUGCCUGCAGUAACAACACUACUACUACUACUUUGUCCCACUCUUACGUCUUAGAUGGGGGUAGUAUAGGAGACAUAGAGAAUUCAUGUAGCAUCGCAGCGCUUGCUUGGUACUCAUCAUCUAGAGCUACACCAUACAGAAGCACUGAUGAAGAAGAAAUUGGUGAAGCACUGGCUUGGGGGUUUGAGCUCUUCUGGUUUCGUUUCAACUCGGCGCAUUCAUCAACUGCCAUUAUUAUCGGACUUCCUGCGGUCUCUUAUCUUGGCCUCCUCAUUUAG